AUGAAAUAUGGAAUAAGAGUAGAGAUAGAAAUGUCUACACAACAACAGCAACAGCAACAACAACAAGAUGUUGAAAUGUCAUCAGUCGUACCACCACAUGAACAACAAAAACCAAUAAACUCACAGCUUGCCAAUGUGAACAAAAAUGUAUUAAAUAAGUCUGCUGGUGAGAGUGGUACUCAGUCGAUAACACAGAGCAAAGAUUAUCAUUACCUCCCGACUAUUGAUGUUCAAUACGAUUGGCAACUCUACUUGCAAUCGGAGAGCGACUGUUUCUGGCUCACCUACAGAGAUCAAUUGAAUCACUCUGUACACUCUUCAGUACGAACAACCAAACUCUCAAAAGACAACUACAAAUUGGAGACUGAGAACAAUUUCACAAUUGAAUCAUCUGCUGUAACUAUCGAUAAAUACUUUAAUUUACAGAUUACAUCACUAGGUGUUUCCUCUGAAGGUAGUGUAGUUGCAUACGGUUCGUCAGAUGGUAUUCUUGAGAUUAUGGAAACUGAAACUGGUCAUGUCAGAAGAAAAUUACAAGGACAUGCAGGUGAUGUUGACGUCGCAAAAUUCUUCCCAAGUGGAAAAGUAUUAUUGAGUGGUGCUUCAGAUGCAAGAUUAAAGAUUUGGGAUGCCCUAGAGGGUAACUGUGCAACUACCCUCACUGGUCAUACCGGUGGUAUUACCUCUGCUUCAUUUGUUGAACGUGGUAGAAAUUUAGUUUCUACAUCUAGAGAUGGUUCAGCAAGACUGUGGGAUAUACCAACAGCCUCAACCAUUCAAACGCUUCAUACAAGUAAUAGACCAGUCAACGAUUGUUUUGUAUAUAGUUCAUGUAACAUGAGUGAUGACAAAGAUUUAGUUACUUUUGAUGAAAGAGAGUUUGGUACAGAUGGUAAACUUGUGUUAUUGGCACUCGAGGAUGGUUCACUCCUCAUCAAUGACAUUCGUUCCAACAAGAUAUUUUCACAGGUCAGUUCCACCAACCACAAGUCAGCAUUCAACUGUUGUGCUGUCUUGGGUAAUCAAAUAUAUGGUGGUGAUGAAGAUGGUUGUAUAUAUCAAUAUGAUAAACGUAAUUUAGAUAAACAACUAUCAAUUUUCCAAUUUUGUAAAUCACCUAUUCAACAACUUAAAAUCGAUCCAAAUGGAUCAGAGAAGCUGUUAUGGUGUACUGCUGCUGAUGGUAGUGUAGUAGCAGUUGACAUGUCCAAGCAAGUCAUCGCUAGAUCUUUGUCUGGUAUUGACACUGACAUAGUUACUGCACUGGAUUUCUCAAUGAAUCAUGCAUUUACAACUACAAGAGAUCCAUUCAUAAGAAUUUAUGAUUUUUAA